UGCUGUCGUCGCAACAAGUGACGCAAAACAGGGAUCGCGGAGGAGCUAGGCGAAGAUCGGAGAUCGCGCUGGGACUGGGAUAUUGAUCGGGAUUAGAUUCCGGGAGUCGAUUUUUUGGGACUCUGUCCGUACGGAAAGGUGUCACGUUUUAUGUUGAUUAAUAUUAAAUAUUAAUUCCAUUAACAAUUAUGAUUGAUCGUCAACGAAAACAACAGAGUCCAAAAGUGCAAUGUCUGUCUGUGAUUAGAAGUUUCUAUUGUGUUUUCCUCACCGCACCAGAAACUGCGAUUAAAGGUUGCUUGGAAUGCCAACGACAAAAGCUUUAAAUAACAACAAUCCAUAAAUGUGUAAUAUAACAACUGAAAGUGAUGUUGAAAUAUUUUUAAAAUAUUUGCAAUGUUCUAAAUCUAAAAAGUUCAAAGUGAUAAGCCAAGCAUAAGAGAUUCAGUGUAAUUAGAAAUGUCAACGAUUCGGAUCUAGCCGGUAAAAGGAUAUAACUUAUUGGAUUUAAAACGAGAAAACCCUAAAGUGCGUCCCCAUGGUAAUGGCCGUGAUACUGUUGCUGGCCCUGGCACUGGUACUCGGCUGCUACUGUGUUCUCCACCGUCAGAAGCUGGCCGAGAUCUAUCUGCGUCCGCUGCUGAAGGACACGCCUCUGGAGGACUGCUACCAUGCAGCGCCAAUAGAGUCGCCAGAGUCAACCAAAAGAAGGCGACGCCGUGGCAUCUGGGAUAUUCCGGGACCCCAGAGGAUACCCUUCCUGGGCACCAAAUGGAUAUUUCUUGUAUUCUUCAGGCGCUACAAGAUGACCAAGCUGCAUGAGGUCUAUGCGGAUCUCAAUAGGCAAUACGGCGACAUAGUCCUUGAGGUAAUGCCCUCGAAUGUGCCCAUUGUCCAUUUGUACAAUCGCGAGGACUUGGAGAAGGUGCUGAAGUAUCCCAGCAAAUACCCCUUCCGACCGCCCACCGAGAUCAUUGUGAUGUACCGUCAAUCCCGACCGGAUCGCUAUGCCAGUGUGGGCAUCGUCAACGAGCAGGGACCGAUGUGGCAGCGCCUACGAUCCUCGCUAACCUCCAGCAUCACUUCGCCAAGGAUUCUGCAGAACUUUCUGCCCGCUCUAAACGCAGUCUGUGAUGACUUCAUAGAGCUGCUCAGAUCCCGACGAGAUCCGGAAUCCUUGGUAGUGCCCAAUUUCGAGGAGCUGGCCAAUCUGAUGGGUCUCGAGGCUGUCUGCACUUUGAUGUUGGGCCGAAGGAUGGGCUUCUUGGCGGUGGACACCAAGCAGCCGCAGAAAAUCAGCCAACUGGCGGCGGCCGUCAAGCAGUUGUUCAUCUCCCAAAGGGAUUCCUACUACGGACUGGGCCUGUGGAAGUACUUUCCCACCAAAACCUACCGAGAGUUUGCCCGGGCCGAGGACUUGAUCUAUGAUGUGAUCUCCGAGAUCAUCGAUCAUGAGCUAGAGGAGCACAAGAAGUCGGCGGCCUGCGAGGAUGAGGAGUCAGCCGGCCUGCGCAGUGUCUUUCUUAAUAUCCUAGAGCUCAAGGAUCUGGAUAUAAGGGACAAGAAGUCGGCCAUUAUAGACUUUAUAGCUGCGGGCAUUGAAACGUUAGCCAACACCUUGCUGUUUGUGCUAAGCUCUGUCACUGGCGAUUCUGAGGCCAUGCCUCGCAUUCUCAGUGAAUUCUGCGAGUAUAGGGAUACAAAUAUCCUGCAGGAUGCUCUCACAAAUGCCACAUACACCAAGGCCUGUAUACAGGAAUCUUACAGACUGAGGCCCACGGCCUUCUGCCUGGCCAGGAUCUUGGAGGAGGAUAUGGAGCUGUCCGGUUACUCGCUAAAUGCAGGGACCGUAGUGCUCUGCCAAAAUAUGAUUGCCUGUCACAAGGACAGCAACUUCCAGGAGGCCAAGCGUUUCUGCCCGGAGCGUUGGAUCGAUUCGGCCACGGAGAACUUUACGGUCAAUGUGGACAGUGCCAGUAUUGUGGUGCCCUUCGGAGUGGGUAGGCGGACGUGUCCGGGCAAGAGAUUUGUGGAGAUGGAGGUGGUCCUGCUGCUGGCCAAGAUGGUCCUGGCCUUCGAGGUGAGCUUCGUGAAGCCCCUGGAAACGGAGUUCGAGUUCCUGCUGGCCCCAAAGACCCCGCUCAGCUUGAGGCUUAGCGAUCGCGUCUUCUGAUGGUCGCGGAGCUGAGGCUCAACUGUCCCAAAACAUUGCCUAACCUUGGGCGUUAAAAAUAGCUAGGAACUGAACCACUAAGUGAAGUAUAGUGUAAAAUAUGAAUAGAAAACUGCGCACAUAUCCCGUAUAUAUCCUUGAUGAGCCCAGCAUCAGCAGCAGCCUAGUCCUGUGAAGCAAUCUAAAGCAAUUAAUUAAACGCAAUCAAUAUACAUUUACAUAUUUAUGCUGACUGGAUGUAAGUAGUUCUGUAUAUGAAUGUCAUGUUUGUUUUUAAUAAUUACGUAAAGUUCUUUUAGUUAUUGUUAGUAGCUAGAGCAUAAGUAGCAGCAAUUGUUUUUGAAAGACUGUGUUUAAGUUUUGUGUUUUGAUAUUAACCGAGUUCUUUACAUGCCUCUAUUUCCUGUAUAUAGUCUUGCAAAUUUGAACAUUCUAUGCAGUGUGUAUGUACAGCCUAAUUUUAAUUGUAUUUAUUCAAGUGUUUAUACUAUAGCAAAGUUUUUAUUUCGUCUCUGUAUCUGUGAAUAUUUUUUGU